AUGGCUCCUCAAACCGCCGAACAGAUCAUUGCCGACAUCAGCGCGCCCCCGCCAGUCGGCACUCCUCAUGCUCUUCCGAUCCCCGGCUCCGAGCGCCCUAAUCGCACCGCCGUCUAUCGCCAUUGGCGCUUCCGCGACCAACCACUCCUGACCAAGCUCGAGCCCGAAGUUGAGUCCGUCCACGACCUGCUCGAGCUCGCCAUCAAGAAAUAUGGUAAUAGGAAGGCGCUCGGUGUGCGCAAGUGGAAUCCCGCCACGCAAGAGCACGAGAAUAAGUUUGAAUUCAUGACAUACGCAGAGAUGGGCGAGCGCCGCAAGAACCUCGGUGCUGGUAUUAUCGACGUUGUUCAGCAGGCCGGCUACACCAACAGCAAAUUUGGCGUUGGAAUAUGGUCUCCCAACACUCCAGAGUGGCAUCUGACCGAUAUGGCCUGUACCUCGCAAAGCUUGUUCAGUGUUUCUCUUUACGAGACACUCGGCCCCGACACUACCGAGUAUAUCAUCAACCACGCCGAGCUCCCCGUCGUUGCUUGCUCGGCCAACCAUAUUCCCGUCCUCAUCAAGCUCGCUUCCCGUGUGCCCACUUUGAAGAUCAUCGUCUCGCUGGACGCCUUGGACAAGGGCGAGCACAAGGACAAGAAUCCCGGCAACAUCCUGAAGAACAUCGCCGCUGAAAGUGGCCUCAAGCUCUAUGAAAUUCAGGAGCUCGAGGAGAUUGGCCUCAAGAGCGGCCGCGGCUUCCGACCCCCCACUUGGAACGACCUUACCACAAUCAACUACACGUCUGGCACUACUGGUCCUCCCAAGGGCGUCGUCAUGCACCAGGGCAAUGCCGUCGCGGCUAUCAACGGUGCCCGCUCCAUGGGUAACGUGCAGGCCAACGACAUUCACAUAUCGUACCUGCCUCUUGCCCAUAUCUACGGACGCAUGAUUGACCAGCUUGCUCUCGUCUCCGGCGCCGCUGUCGGCUUCUUCCGUGGUGACGUCCUCGGUCUUGUUGACGAUCUGAAGCUCCUGAAGCCCACAUCCUUCCCGUCUGUCCCUCGUCUCUUUAACCGUUUCAACUCGGCUAUCAAGGCCGCUACCGUUGAUGCCCCCGGUUUCAAGGGUGCUCUCUCUAGACAUGUAAUCGACGUAAAGAAGGGCUACAUGCGCCAGCCUCCCGGAAGCACCACCAACACACACUUCUUCUACGACAGACUAUGGACCAAGAAGGUUCGCGCCGCUGUUGGUCUUGACAAUGCCCGCUCUAUGAUUAGCGGCAGUGCCCAGCUCGACCCCGAUGUCCAGGAGUUCCUCGGUGCUGCUUUUGGAAACGAGUUCCGCCAGGGCUACGGCAUGACUGAGACGUAUGCCGGAGCUACUGUCCAGCUCAGCCGCGAUUACUCUGCUGGCAACCUGGGACCUCCUCUUCCCUGCCUGGAGCUUUGCCUCGAGUCUGUCCCCGACUACAACUACAGCGUCGAUGAUAAGCCCAACCCGCGCGGUGAGGUUCUCAUGCGCGGUCCUACCCUGUUCCAGGGCUACCACAAGAACGACGAGGAGAAUCAGAAGGUUCUCGAGGCCGACGGUUGGUUCCACUCUGGCGACAUUGGUGAGAUUGAUAGCCUUGGCCGUCUUCGCAUCAUUGACCGCAAGAAGAACGUUCUCAAGCUCGCCCAGGGCGAGUACAUUUCUCCUGAGCGUAUCGAGAACGUGUAUCUGGGCAACACCAACAUUGUUGCCACCGCUUACGUGCACGGUGACUCCAAGGAGUCUACCCUCGUUGCCAUCUUCGGUGUCGACCCGGAGAACUUUCCUCCCUUUGCUAGCAAGGUUCUCGGCAGAACUGUUGCCGCCGGCGAUGUCGCUGGCAUUAAUGCUGCUGCCAGGGAACCCAAAGUCAAGGAGGCUGUCCUCAAGGUGCUCGACAAGAUUGGCCGCGGCCACAAAUUCAACAACUGGGAGCGCGUUCGCAACGUUCACCUGCUCCUCGACCCCUUCACGCCCGACAAUGGCCUGUUGACUCCUACACUCAAGCUCAAGCGCCCGCAGGCCGCCAAGGCUUUCCGCGAAGAUAUUGACCGCUUGUAUGCAGAGAUCAAGGCCACCGAGGAGCCUAGCAAGUUCAAGCUGUAA